AUCUUGAAAAGAAAAACUGAAUGAAAUGAAUAGUCUGUAAUUAAAUCACGUAUGUUUUCCGGACAUUUUCCUAGCACGUGGUUCGUAAUAACAACCAAGCGGUCUCCGCGAUGUGUCAUUCGUGCGGUGAAAAAAAAGCUGCGUCUUCAACUUACGUUCCAACAUGGUUCGAUGCAACUAAAAAGAACAAACCUUAUAUUCAUACUCGCGUAUGUCACUGCGCGCGGCAAAAGUAGGGUGAGAGGGGAUAUCGUCAUGGCAGUAGGAAUCGAGACACGUGGUCUUCGAGUGCUCGAGGGAUAUCGUGAUUCGCGAGAAAUCGAGUCAAUUCGGAUCAAGCAUUUCGAGAAAUAUCAAUGCGACGCAAGUACGCACACACACGUAUUCAUGAACUUUUAUAAAAUACAUCUACGACGGCACAGUGUUGUCGACAACAACGCUUCAAGUGGUAAACACAUAACAGUUAUACUCAUCAAUGUUAUUAUGCGUGAAAUACAGGAACAAUUGUCCAACGGGAAGUCGUCAGAGAAUGUGUAAUAUGAAAAUUCCAUGACACAGUUGAUUAAUUUCCGAAAACGUCCAAACGGGACGUCUCUCUUAGAUCUCUUAUGAAUUCUCGAGGACUGUCGGCAAGGCUGCCGUGUUUUUUUUUCUUUCUUUUUUUUUCUGAGGUAAUUUUUUGAGGCGUGAUCAGCCUGCACGAUUGGAUUUCUUCCAGUUGUGCCGUGUGGUCUGCUACGGUGAAUUCGAACGGGGAGAGGUUUAAACAGAGUUCAUAAGACGCAGAACGCAUGGCGUGACCGCGACGUCCAAUGGGUAGGUCGAUCUGGCCGGCGUGGCGGCGUCGUCGACGACGCGGCGAUUCCCGCGCGGCGCACGUCGGCCCGUGGAACUGCACGGCGGCGGCCGAACGUGUUAAAUGGCUGUGCGUCGGCCAUGAUGGCUUUGAGCAGGGACCGUGUCACGCAAACAUGUUUUCAAAGUGAUAUAUCUCGUUUGGUGACUGAGUGACCGUGUUCCAGCGCGAUGGCCGAGGAACGAUGAGGCGCUGAGCACUCUCUGUGCCGGGUAAUUCGGCCCCAGGGCCCCGAGCCAGGCCUCGAAAGCAGGUCCACGGCGUUCCACGAGCCCGAGGCCCCCCCAGCCCGACCCGACUGGCCUCUCACGGUGCGACCAGCCAGCCUUGGUUGUCAACACGCGCGAGCCAGCCACCCUCAGGAUGAGCAAGCUGUCGUUCAGGGCGCGCGCCCUGGACGCAUCCAAGCCCAUGCCGAUCUACAUGGCCGAGGAGCUACCGGACCUGCCAGAUUAUUCGGCCAUUAACCGCGCUGUGCCCCAAAUGCCCAGCGGCAUGGAAAAGGAGGAAGAAUGCGAACAUCACCUUCAAAGAGCAAUAUGUACUGGUCUAAUCAUUCCUACUCCUGAAGUAACUGAUCUGGCAGAUGCGGAAGUUUAUGAUAAAAUAUAUCCUGCUGAUUAUAAGCUGCCUCGCCAAUUAAUACACAUGCAACCCUUUGCCAUGGAACAAGAUAUACCUGACUAUGAUAUGGAUUCUGAGGAUGAAAGAUGGGUUGCAUUACAAAGCAACAAGAUGGAGUUAACCCCGCUUCAAUUUGAAGAGAUGAUGGAUCGUCUGGAGAAGAGUUCUGGACAAACUGUAGUUACCCUCAAUGAAGCCAAGGCACUUUUAAAAGAAGAUGACGAUUUGAUUAUCGCAGUUUUUGAUUAUUGGCUCAAUAAGCGUCUCAAGACUCAACAUCCAUUGCUUUUGACUGUUAAAACGGAGCAUCGAUUUGGUUCGGCUGCCAAUAAUCCAUAUCUCGCGUUUCGACGCCGGACAGAGAAGAUGCAGACUCGCAAGAAUCGCAAGAACGACGAAGCUAGUUACGAAAAAAUGCUGAAGCUCCGUAGGGAUCUCAGUAGAGCAGUCACACUAUUAGAGCUGGUAAAACGCAGAGAGAAAACGAAACGAGAGCACCUGCAUCUCACAAUUGAGAUUUACGAGAAGCGGUAUCAAGCGCAAGAUUUCAGUGGACAAAUAUUAGCAGAGGUGUCGGCAUUAAAAGCACCACGACCGGCAUUUGCUCCACUUUUUACCAAUCAAUUCGGUGUUCAUCAAAAUUGGUCAAACAAAGUCUGUAAUAAAGAUGAAGUAGUGCCCAGGAAAGAAAAGAGACAGUACAAAAAGCGGAAACAUAAAACGGAUAGUAGAGGUGGAAGUUUAGAUGACACCGGCGUACGUAGUGGAACGGGUAGUGGUGGCGGCCGAGGGAAUCGUCCCGGUGUUCUCGGAAGCGGGCUGGACCCGCUCAUCAGUUCGGAUGAGGACAGCCCACUUCCAUCUCAUUCGCACACCCAGCCAUCGUUACCCUCCGAUCGCGAUGAUGAAGACACCGCAGAUGAGGGUCAAUUCGCCUUUCGUCGAAAUAGGAAUAGCACUUAUUUACCGCCUGUAUCAGGUGGAUUUGGAAAUUGGCCUUGGUGUGAUAAAAAUGAAGGCGGUAUGGCUGACAAGAAGUAUAGGUUUGCACUGACCAGCAUCACUAAGCCAGUGCCAAGGUGUAUCGGCUUCGCGCGACGAAGACUUGGUCGCGGUGGCAGAGUGAUAUUGGACCGCUGCACGACCGACAUGGACGAAAUAUGGUCUUCUUUAGACUUCACGAUACACGAGUCCAGGUGUGGACCAGCUGAUUCGAACACUACUGCCACAGCAACGACUACUGUUAAAACAGAACGGUUACAUUUUCGACCAAAGACUCCGCCUACGUCGGUGCUUAGCCCAAGCGAGGAAAGCAGUGACAUGGACUCGGACGAAGAGACAGUAGUCUCCCGACCCAAGCCGCUUCCAUACCCGUUCCCGCUCGAGGCAACGUCUAUAUGCGUCGAGGUGGAGCCGGAUCGUGCGGGAGACGAAUCACCGUUCACGUCGGAGUUCAAUAUCGCGGACUACUUCUCGACGGAUGCCCUUUCGUCGGACUUUGAUCUCGCGGUAGCGAGCAUCAGUGGCGGUGGUGCGUGCCUCAGUGGUUUGUCGGACGGUAAUUUGAACGAGAAUUCGCGGACAGACGAGCUUGGCAGUUCGCACUUCGUGGUGACUCCACUCGCGAGUAAUCUGUUCGCGUCGCCUGUUGUAACAGCGACGCAGCAGGCUCGGUCUCAGUGCAGUGCUGCCAAUACUGGUGGUUUUAACGUUGUACAUACUUCAACAAGUUCUUCUUCGUCGAUUUCGUCGUCGUCGUCGUCGUCGUCGUCGGCCUCCGUUACGUCUACGACCAACCAGCAAGUCGUCGCUGCGUCGAGUACAGUGUCCACGCAGUGCACUGGUGCCGCCGUCGACGCGCAGCCGAAUCACCAGUCCAAGCAACACAGACAAUUGCCGAAUAACAGUACCGCUGCCUCCAUUCUCUCGAAAUCCUUGACUAGUCCGACGAAUAAUAGAAAUGGUGGCAGUUGCGGCGGUAGUAGCAACAAUAGCGGCGGCGGCGGCAACAACGCUAGCGGCGGUGGUGGUAAUAGUGGUAAUGGUGGUAGUGCGAACGUUAGAGUGUUUAGUGCGAGCACCGUGACCAGUGGUGGUGGUGUUGGUGGUGGUGGUAGUAGUGGCAGUGGCAGUGGCAGUGGCAGUGGCAGUAACAGUGGCAAUGGCAAUGGCAGUGGCAGUGGCAGUGUCGGCGGUAGCAUCACAAACUUUGGCAAUGGUCACCAGAACGGGCCGAUGCCGCAUAUAAACAAUUCGAACAACCUGACUAACAACACUCACGUGGUGAACAGCCAAUCCACGAUCGUUCUGCCGCAGAAGCAUCCACCGUCCAGUCUGCUACCGGGUCUGAUCACGCAAAGUAAAUUGGCGAGCCUCGCGAGGCAGCAACAGCAACAGACGCAGAAUCAGGCGCAACAAAUCCCAACGUCCGGGGAAAUUACGCUUAAUAGUAAUAGUGAAAGUUUGGAUAUGGAGGUGGAUAGAGUGGACAAUUCGCCAUGCGACAGUAAGCCGCAGCAACAGCCACAACUUGUACGGGCAAACAAAGCAAACUCACUGGCGAUGGAAGUGACAUGAUGCCUGCUAUUGGCACCCCUGUUGCCGCCAAUACGUCACUGGGGGCUUCGCUAACUUUUACCUUGCCUAUGUCUCUGCCUCGGCUGGGAGAUAUCGGACGAUGCUGCGAUAUACUGCGCUACGUUGACUUGAAGAGCGAUACGGCUAGGUACAAUUGCAAUUGCUCCGACUCGGUUUUUAUAUUGCCGCGGCAGGAUCAGAAUCAAACGUGGAUUCUAAUGCAAACACCGAAGGUUCAUCUUUGUUCUGUCCAUCGGGGAGUCGUGCUCUGCAGUUGAGACUCGUGCUCUUUAAAUCUCGCGUUUUUCUUGCUCAUUGAACGCUAUAUACGAUAUAGAGCCACAUGAAAAAAUAUUUCCACUCUUAGAUGCACGAUUUUUUCCAUUUAGAUUUACCCAUUCGCUCAAAAUUAAAUUUUACUUUUACUAGUUCACUUAACCUGUGACCGUGUGAUCUUUUGCAAUACGAUAUCGUAGACAAAAGAAAAUUACAUAUUUCAGUUUUUUUGACUAAAAUAAAGCAUGCGAUAUCUCUUCGUUCUUUUCGAAAAAAAUUUGCAACAAUCUCGUUCGUUCAAUGCAAGGAAAAUCGUAAAUAUCUGAGAUACGAAAUAUAUUACCUUCAUCCCGACAUUGUUUUUAAAAUCCUCGUUUACCCGACUCCAAGUACACGUGGCACGAUAACUGGACAUAUAUAACAAGCUUUCUCAGACACAGCAUUCUUAAACAGUCAAAAUUCGGUAUAAAAAAAAAAAAGAAAAAAGAAAAAAAGAAACUCUACUAACUUUGUAUUCAUAUAUCUGUCGCGUGUGAUGAACGCUCAAUAGAAUCAAUAGAGGCUUUGCGUUUAAUUGUGCGUAAUUUUUGAUCGAUAAUAUGAUUCUUGGCUUCAUAUAUAGUCAAGUCACACUGGUAGAUCAUUUUGGAAAUUAUGAUUAUGACGCGGUAUUUCUUUUCUAAUUUUUUUUGUUCUCAAUAGCGUAUGCAAUAUGUAAAUUCGAAGCGCUAUAUUAGCAAUGGAGGGGAUUGUAUGAUAAUCUGUUUGUUGUAAGUACAAUAGUACGCUCGACUUUCGUCUCAUCGCUUUCGAUAUAAGUAGAAGUACACGAAAUAAUAGAGAAAAAAAUAGAUUAAUUGAUUUCUUACGAAAUUGUACGAUUAUCUCAAUAUUGUAUAUAGAGAUUCGGUUCAAGUAUUAUAGGACUUUAUAGUAAUGCUCUAUUUCCCUUAUAUGUAGAUAUAUACAUAUAUAUAUAUAUAUGUGUGUGUGUGUGUGUGUAAUACUACUUUAAAGGCUUCCAGGCUGUGAAAUAUUGAAGCUAUUGUUAUCGAUUAACCUUUGAUAGCAUUAAUGUCAUAAACGUAAAAAGAUUUUCUUUCACUACAUAUCUCUCUCUCUCUCUCUC